AUGUAUAAUAACAGCUACAUUCAUAGGAAGCCAAUGCCAGCGUUACGGUCCAUGGACAUAUUCCGAAAUCACUGCCGAAGGAACGGAAGGGGGACAACCGAGGAAAGACGAAAGCCUGCAAGGAAAAAACCAAACGCCAGAACGAGAACAUACAGCGACAAAGAGAGGAAGCACAGCGGCAGAUGCAGGACUUCAUCGCGGAAAUCAGCGGCAGGCGCUGGGAAAGAGUUCCCAGUGCCGGAGGCAAAUACUGGCAAACGACGAAAACCGACGACGAUCCGACCGCGGUGCAGUUCGAAAUUGAAGCCGAGGACUUUUGUGAAAGCACCGGCCGAGAAGAAUACAGAGUGCGUGGCGUCUGGUUCCAGAAGAUGA